UGGGAGCCGAGAGAAUCUUUUCCCUGCCCUGGGAAUCUAUAUAGGGCCGAGCCUGGUCGGGGGGGUCUCCCUCUCCUCUUCAGGCUUCGGGGGCCCUAAAAGCUAGCACCUCUCUGGGUAGAGGUCCCCUGGCUUCCCCAGAUACCUUCUUUUCUGGCCGCAUCGGCGAGGAGCUGAAAGCGGUCGGGAGCGCUGUGUGGUGGCCGCGGUAUCAGGGAGCCGGGGCCGCUUCUUCCGGGUUCGGGAGCUCUGGGAUCGGCUGCGGCUCCUGCGCUCGGCGCUCCUCCCGUUCGGCGUGCAGCCCAUGUGACCGGAAGUGCGGGUCACAUGGGCGAAAGAAAGAUGGCGGCGCCCAGGGAACGCCGAGCCCGGCGGAAUGCACGCAGGGGGGGUCGACUCUGCAUGGCAUUGAGUCCCCCCCCCCACCUGGAAAUAAGGAGGCGGAGCCGCGCGGCAACGGGUGGACCAGGUAGGACUUAAAUUGAAUGUCAGUUUGCUGUCCAGGUGUGGUAUGGAGGUCCAGAUGUCAGCUAUGCAGGACACUAGCGCAGACAUCCCUACCCCGAGUCAUGGGGAGAAAGACACCACGGUUAAGUCGCUGGGAGAGCCUAAAAAGAAACCCAGAAGGUGUGCGCUAUGCUCAAAGAGACUGGGGGAGGCAUAUAUAAAAGCCCUGUGUAGUGACUGCCUAGCAAAGAUCCUCAGAGACGAACAAUCCUCCCUUCUGGCAGACCUGAGAGUGAUUGUGAAAGAGGAGAUCCAGGCGGCCAGCUCUAGUGUAGCGCAGAAACCCUGUGCCGUCUCCCCUCCCCCCAAAAGACCCCGUGUGCUCAGGGAGUCGGAUUCUGAAGAAGAAGGCUUAUACCUUUCAGAAGGGGACACCUUAAAGGGGGACGACGAUCAGGGUUCUUCCCAUAUGGCCGACGAUCAGAGAAGAUAUCUCUUCUCACAAGAAGAUCUAGAUCCCCUCCUGUCGGCUGUAAGACAGACUAUGGAUAUAGAGGAAGAGGAGCAGACUCGCUCGAUACAGGACGAGAUGUUCGGCGGCUUAAAAGCUAGGAAGAAAAAAUUGUUCCCGGUGAACGAGAAUUUGAAGGACCUAGUCAUAGACGAAUGGGCUGACGCCGAUAAGAGAUUGUAUAUACCGCGGGAAUUUAAGAACAGGCUUUUGUUCAACCCGGAGGACACAAAACUGUGGGAUGUAGUCCCUAAAGUCGAUAUCCAGGUGGCGAAGGUGGUAAAAAGAACCACCCUCCCCUUUGAGGACUCAGCCCAGUUAAAGGAGCCAAUGGAUCGGAAGAUCGACGGUUUGCUCAAAAGAGCAUGGGAAGUUUCGGCCAAUAGCAUUAACACCAAUAUUGCUGCUACGUCCGUGGCCAGAUCUCUGUGUCUUUGGGUGAACCAGCUGGAAGAACAUCUUAGGCAAGACACCCCUAAGGAAGAGAUCCUGGCGUCAUUACCCCUAUUUAAGAUGGCUGCAUCCUUUGUAGCAGACGCCUCAGCAGAGUCCAUAAGAUUUGCAGCAAAAACAGACUCCCUAACCAAUACGGCAAGGAGAGCCCUGUGGCUAAAACCCUGGUCGGGGGAUAUAGCCUCCAAGAAUAAACUAUGCGCCUUACCCCUUAAAGGUUCUCACCUCUUUGGUCCGGUACUGGAUGAGAUCCUGGAGAAGACAGCGGACAGAAAGAAGGGGUUUCCGGAGGAAAAAGGAAAGAAACCUUUGCCCUUUCGUAAGACAACCAGCAGCUUCCAGGGCACUCCCAGAGGUAAAGGGAAGACUGGAAGGUGGAGCUACCCCAAAGGGGGAAAAGGUCGAGGUUUCCUUUUUAACCCCAAUUCCAAGCCUGAGAAACAAUGACGCCAGGCCAGUAGGGGGCAGACUCCAGUUCUUUUGGGAAGAAUGGACCAGGAUAACCAAAAACCAAUACAUCCUGGAAUCCAUCCGAACGGGGUUCAAGAUAGAGUUUCGCCUUCCUCCUCCUCAUCUAUUCCAGACCACAGUCUUUCAAUCGACCUCUCUGCAGGACCAGCUCCUGACGGACAUCCAAAAACUUCUGACUUUAGGUGCAAUUGUACAAGUCCCUCCUUCAGAGGAGUUCAAAGGUCACUACUCAAAACUCUUCCUCAUCACAAAACCAGAUGGCUCCAAGAGAACCAUCAUCAAUCUGAAAUUUCUGAACAAAUGGAUAACACAUCAUCAUUUCAAGAUGGAAUCAAUAAAAUCUGCAAUUCCGUUGAUAAGCCCAGGGGCGUUCCUAUGCACCCUGGAUCUAAAGGACGCAUAUUAUCACGUCCCCAUUCACCCUCAUUGUCAGCAAUAUUUGAGGUUCGCAAUCAAGAAGGACGGAAGGAUUAUGCAUUUCCAGUUCCAAUGUCUCCCGUUUGGAAUUUCAUCAGCCCCACGCAUCUUCACAAAGUUAGUGGCGGAGAUAGUUGCCUAUCUAAGACAGAGACAGGUAACUAUAGUCCCCUACCUAGACGACUUUCUGCUUGUGGCAGACUCAGAGGAGGAGUUAGAGCUUCACAAAGGAAGGACUCUAUCUUUACUCACUCGUCUAGGAUGGAAAAUAAACCUGGAGAAAUCGGACCUACAACCAGCAACGCAAAAGAAGUUCCUAGGAACCCUCCUAAAUUCCGUGACCCAGUACUCUCUUCUUCCCCAAGACAAGCAAGUCAGCAUAAGGGAAAGAAUAAGAGCCUUCAAACUAAAGAAAAAACGGACUCUGCGGGAAGCCAUGCAGGUCCUAGGACUGAUGACCUCAUGCAUCACAACUGUUCCUUGGGCCCAGUUCCAUACAAGAACCCUCCAGGCGGAGGUCCUCGCUUCUUGGGACAAGGACCACAGAUCACUAAACACCAGGGUAUCUCUUUCAGACGGGGCGGUAAACUCCCUCUCCUGGUGGUUGGUAACAGAAAACCUGUCCCGAGGAGUUGCCUGGAACACGAUACCGCUCAAAACAUUAACCACGGACGCAAGCAGCCAUGGUUGGGGAGCCCACCUAGGGGACCAGUUCUUUCAGGGCAGUUGGUCCGACGCAGACGCCCUAAGAUCCUCAAACUACAGGGAAUUGAAAGCGGUCUGGGAGUCCCUAAGAGCGGCAGAACAUCUCCUCAUGGGUCAUCAUGUCCGAGUGCUAUCGGACAACGUAACAACAGUUUGCUACAUAAAAAGACAAGGAGGGACGAAGAAUCCUCAUCUCCAGGACCUAGCGAAUCUCAUCUUCAGCUGGUCAGAGGAGAAGAUCUUGUCCAUUUCAGCCACACACCUGAAGGGAUCUCUCAAUUACACAGCGGACUUUCUCAGCCGACAAUUAGUCAGGCCAGGGGAAUGGAAGUUGAACCAGGAGGUAUUCCAAAUGAUUUGCCAACAGUGGGGGAGACCUCAAGUGGAUUUAUUUGCGUCCAGCAGAAAUACUCAGCUGGACUAUUUCUUCUCGCUAGACCCAAGAGGAGGACCACUGGCGGUGGAUGCUCUUUCCCAACCUUGGGAUAUGAGCCUAGCCUACGCUUUUCCCCCACUUCUCCUCAUACCGCUAAUCCUGAAGAAAUUGAGAGGGUGCUCAUCCACGCUGAUCUUGGUAGCUCCAGCUUGGCCCAAGAGAGCCUGGUUUUCGGUUCUAAAGACCAUGUCCAUCAGGGAACCAAUAACCCUUCCAAGAAGACAAGACCUACUAUCACAAGGUCCUCUGUUUCACCCCAACCUGGACAAACUGAACCUUACAGCGUGGAUCCUGAGAGGCAAACCUUAAGGAACAAGGGACUCUCGGACAAGGUAAUUUCAACUUUACAGAGCUGCCGCAAACCUAUUACAAGAGCAAUAUACAACAAGAUUUGGAAAAAGUUCUCAUCCUGGUUGUCACAGAACCAGGCAGAUGCCAGAUCCCCCACGG